CAACACCUGGUCAGGUAAUCAGCUGCAGGUGGGCCGGUAACAGUGAAGAGGGACUCCCAAUGACGACAGUCGCCAGGACACGCCUCUCCCACAGCGUGCACUUCUGUAAACAGCCCAAGGACCGGGGAGAGAGAGAGGGAGAAGCAAACCCACACGCAAACACACACUACACAUUCAACUGUGGACCGAACAGUAGACGACACAGCCCCUAAAUAAUAAUAAUAAUAAUAAUAACAACAGUCCAUAACUGCUCACGGACCCCCGAGUCCUCCAGAGCCGGGUCCGUGACACCACCGUGGAUGCUGUUGUUUUCUCCCUGGUCUCUGUCCUCAGCAUGCUCGGGAAUGGACUGGUUAUCUGGGUGACCGGGUUCAGGAUGAAGAAAACCGUUAACACAGUUUGGUACCUCCACAUUGCUGUGGCCGACUUCAGCUUUGCAGUGUUUCUAGCCCUUAGAGCAACAUCCCUGGCUUUGCAGUUUCACUGGCCCUUUGGCAAUUUCAUGUGCAAGCUGUGCGGCACUCUAAUCUUUCUAAACUUGUUUGCCAGUGUCUACAUUCUGGUGGUGAUCAGUGUGGACAGAUGUGUGUCUGUGGUGUGGCCCGUCUGGGCUCAGAACCACCGAAAUGUACGCAAUGCUACCUAUGUUAGUCUGUGUGCUUGGGUGGUGGCUUUGAUUGUCAACAUUCAACAUUAUUUUUACAUUGAUACAAAGAAAGAAAAUGAAAACACAACUUACUGCCCCAACAUCAAUUUUUUUGAAAAAGCAACACCGACUGUCAUUCAGACCAUUGUUAUCACCCACGUCCUUCUCGGAUUUGCAGUCCCCUUCACUGUCAUUGUCUCUUGUUAUGCUGUCAUCAUCCAUCGUCUGAGGAGAAACCACAGCCUGGCCAGCCAAUCAAGUCGCCCCUUUAAAGUUAUCACUUCCAUUAUUGUUGCCUUUUUUCUGUGCUUAGCUCCCUAUUACAUCAUUGAUCUAAUUCAGUUGGUGGUAUUUAAUCCACCAAAUGAAACAUUUCAUUAUGCCAUUUUAAUUGUGUCGAAUGUCGCUGAGAAUUUGGUCGUUCUUCACUGCUGCCUGAAUCCACUGCUGUAUGUCUUCUUGAGACAAGAUUUUAAGGAUGAAAUCCGAAAAUCCAUCCUGAAUGUGCUGGAGAGUGCCUUCCAGGAAGAGGAGACACGCUCUCCCAGUGACAUGAAGUCAGUGAACACCAGGCAGAGCAGAGAGAAGUCAGGUUUGAUUACUGAGGUAUAAGGCUGUAUAUGACAUAAAUAAACAUGUUAAAACCUUUCAUUGAAAAAUUUGGGGGACUUUUUACCAGCUGCAAAUAUAACUGCAGGGUAAAUUUUUAUAAGCUUUUAUAAAAAUUAUGUGCUUAUAAAAUAAAUCUAAUGGAAACAGCUAAUUGUUUAAAUUGUGCUGUGAUGGUUUAUUUCUUCACUGUAUUGUUUUUUCUCCCUCUUUGACUCAAAGCUCUACAUUAACCUUGUGCCAUCAUCAUCAUCAUUAUUAUUAUUAUCAUUAUUACUAUUACUAUUAUUAUUAUUAUUAUUAUUAUUAUUAUUGUUGUUGUUGUUGUUGUUGUUAAGUGAUUAUAAAAAUGUUACUUCCCAGAAGAAGAAUCAGUCAGCAAAAUCAAAAUCAGUAUUACUUUUGUUUCCAGUUCACUUUGUGAAACACAAACAAUAUCAGGUAAAUUUAGUUGACAGGACAUGACAGUUCCCACAGAUGCCAUCUUAGCUAAGCAUGGAUUGGGCAAUUAGAAAAUACUGUAAGGAUAAUUCAUUCACUCAGUCUGCCAUUUAAUUCCAUGUAUUAAUAAACAGUGUGUAAUGUUGAUGUCUUAUUGUAAGAUGACUUCUUCUUACCAAUAUCAUGCAAAAAAUAAUAUGUUAUAUCAGAUAUUUGACAUUCCUACAGUUCAGUGUGUUCAUUAUUAUUUUUAUAUAAGAUCAUUAUAUAAUUGUCAUGAUAUUAUGAUGCCAAACACUCACAGAUUCUUCUUCUUCUUCUUUUGCUCUUUAAAAGUUUUUUAAGGGACGUCAAUAAAUGAUGACAAAUAUUAUUAUAUUUAUUUAUCAGCCAAGUUGUGAAAAAACCCAGAUAGAUCUCUAACCCAGACAUUUACAGUCUUGUUUCCUCUAACAGAGUCAUGCUUACAACUGUAUACCUUGUAAUGACUCCACUGGUGAAGCAUUCUACAUUUAAAACUACUUUACAAUACU